AUGAGUAGUGAUGGGAUACCGGUAUUUCGACCUAAUUUCGAACAAUUUGCAGAUUUCUACGGUUAUGUCAAGUCCAUCAACAAGUAUGGUAUGCAAUCAGGGAUCGUCAAAAUUAUACCACCGAAAGAAUGGCUGGACAUGUUGGAUGAUCCACCAAAUGCAGAGUUGUUACGACGGAUUAAGAUCAAGAGACCUAUUCAGCAACAUAUAGCGGGUAGCCACGGUACAUUUAUGGUACAGAAUGUGGAAAAGAAUAAGGUUUAUAACAUAAUCCAGUGGAAAGACUUAUCACGUGACUAUAGUCUACCUGAGAAUGGCAAGUAUUCGUCUGGUAGACAGUUAAGCUCUUCAAAAGUUAAGCUGAGGAACCACGAUUCUUUCGAGCUAUCAGAUUUUGAAAACUUCCGCGAGGAACACAAUGGAGAUGGAUUAGAACAAUUUGAUGAUGAAGAAAGGUUAAACUCUUUGGAGAAUUAUUACUGGAAAACUCUUAAUUUCACCACUCCAAUGUAUGGUGCGGACACUUUAGGCAGUGUUUUCCCCGAGGAUUUAGACGUCUGGAACGUUUCCAAAUUACCAAAUAUAUUAGAUCACAUGGAUGAGAAAGUUCCAGGUGUUAACAAUUCUUAUCUUUAUGCGGGACUUUGGAAGGCCUCUUAUCCUUGGCAUUUGGAAGACCAAGAUCUCUAUUCUAUUAACUAUAUUCAUUUCGGAGCUCCUAAACAGUGGUAUACGAUUCCACAGGAGGAUCAUGAGAAAUUCCAUCGGUUUAUGAAAGACCAAUUCCCAUUAGAUUCUCAAAAAUGUCCUGAAUUUCUAAGGCAUAAAGUGUAUUUAGCGUCACCAAAACUUUUGGCACAAAAUGGGAUACGAUGCAAUAAAAUUGUUCAUCGUCAAAGGGAAUUCAUUAUAACAUUUCCCUAUGGUUAUCAUGCAGGGUUUAAUUAUGGUUAUAAUUUAGCAGAAUCGGUUAAUUUUGCAACUGAAGAGUGGUUAGACAUUGGUAAAAAAGCAGGUAAAUGUAUGUGUGUGGAAGAUUCAGUUGGUAUUGAUGUGGACAGAUUGGCUAAGAAGAUAGAGAAUAUGAAAAGAGAAAAUAACAAUGAAGAAGUUGAUGACAAGAUGAAAAGUUUUGGAGAGUUGUUAAACCAUAGUUCACAAGAAUUGCAACAGAUGGAGGAAAAUAAAAACUCGCCGAUAUUGGGUGCAAGACCUCAAUCUAGUUCCAUUAGAAGUACAACUCCAAACCCCGGUCAAUAUUUCAAUAUGAACCAAACUAUAAGUCGAAUUUCAUCGCCAUUAUUAUCAAGAAUGAUGGAUCUUUCUAAUAUAGUGGAACCAACUUUAGAGGAUCCAACUCUAAAAUUUAGGAAAAGGAUUGCCCCUACAGGUAUUGUCGAUUCACCAAAUGGUAGAACUCCUUCUGGAAAUAAUGAAAAUGCACAUGGUCUAAACAUGGCGGCAGUCCCUUCAUCUAAUCCGCCAUCGGCUUUAUUAGAUGAUAAUGAUGAUAAUAUGUUAGCUCUAAGUCUUGCCUCAAUGGCGAACAGUGGAGCAUCAUCGCCAAGGUUAACAUUGCCAUCGUUGAAUUCCCCCAUCGAACAUGCAAAUUCUCAAACUAUAGCAACUCAUCAUAAUCAGAAUGGUUCUAAUUCUAAUACCCUUAAUGAAAACGAAAAUACCCAUAAUUCAUUUAUCGUUUCACCUAAGCCAUCCUAUAAUCACAAUCCAUUAUCUUACUAUUCAACUCAAUCCCAGGGGAGGAACUCAACUCAGCAAGUACCGCCAGCUCCACUCUCACCAACAACUUCCAAUUUACCGUUUAUCAAAAAAUUGAAAUCACCGAAUAUUGUUACGUUGAAUAUCUCUAGGGAAUCAUCAAGAAGUCCGGUUUCGUUAGUUAAUGAUCACAGAUCCCCACUGGCGGCAAACAAUCCGUUAACUUAUUCUUCGAGUGUUAGUUCCACUUUAAAUCAAGUGCAUACGGCUAACAUCAAUAGGAGCAAUGGGAGGGCAGGUGAAUCACUAUCACCAGAUCCCCUUCAAACUAAAAGAGUCAAGUUAGAAAGCCAUCCAUCAGGUUAUCCUUCUAAUACAACGCUGCCUUCAAGGAAUUUAGAAUUUCAGUCGCCGUCAUCUCCAAUUAAAAGUAGUGGCUUUUCACCAGGGAGGCCAUUACCGAGUACUUCAUCUGCUAUGUCCACGACGGCGACCGCAACGGCACCUACAAGUAGAGGUAACAAUAGCACCAGCGUGCCUGCAAGUAGUAGUGGAGAAUCUUCAGCUGCUCUAGCGGCUGCGGCGGCUCAACAACCGAAAUUCUCUACGAACGAAAUUAUGAUUUCGGAGAAUGGGAAAGUUUAUGUCUGUCAGGAAUGUAAAAGGCAAUUCUCGUCUGGUCAUCAUUUAACAAGGCAUAAGAAGUCGGUACAUUCAGGUGAAAAACCUUAUUCAUGUCCUAAGUGUGGUAAGAAGUUCAAGAGAAGAGAUCAUGUCUUACAACAUCUGAACAAAAAGAUUCCUUGCACGCAGGAAAAUGACGAUCUUUCAUCUAGAAAUCAAAACCAAGGACACGUGGAACAAUCAGGGACCAUAGUAGAAUAA